AUGCGGCUCAUAGACGUGGUGGAGACGGCCAUCACGUCAGCCCGGCGGAUCGCUAGCGCGACCGCUAACGUGGCCUCAGCCAUCGAGGACGGGCUCAUCGUGAGCAUCGUGCUCAGUAAACUAGACGAGGAAAGCCUGUCCAGAGUCGCUCGCCGGGCAGACCAGCAAGCGAUUCCCACGUGGAAAGAGCUCCGGGAAGAGCUGGACAAGAUGGCCAACCAGCUCUAUUAUGAGCCAAAAAGGUCGCGGGAACCAGGCUCACGUGCCUCCGGCCCCAAGCCCUCCCAAAAUCGUUCCACGCCGUGCAGGACAGCCUUCGUGGCUGUCACGCCCAGGACCCCGCCGACGCCCAAGACCCCGCCGACGCCCGCGACGUUGCCAGCACCACGUGCCAGCGGGGACGCAAAGACAAAGCGAAGUUGCUACGCGUGUGACAAAAUGGGUCACGAGAGCAACUUCUGCCCGGAGCUGCGGGCGCGCUCGGCGUUGGAGUGCGUAAACUAUAUCAUGGAGAGAGGCAAGUGCAUCAAUUGCUUCUCGCGCUCGCACAAAGCAACGGAUUGUCCUUCAGACAAAACGUGCCAGCACUGCCGGGCAAAGCACCAUACGAUCCUGUGCAGCUCCGCAGCGUACCUCGGUGAAGGGCAAUGA